AUGACCAUCACACAGCGCGUCCAGAGUCAGUACUUUCAGAAAGACCAAGAGCUCAUUCGCCUGGCACCCAACCAGGACCAAGCCCGCUCACUGCCCACAAAGCGCGCUGGUACGCCCUGGACCCUCGAGGAGCACGAGUUGUUCUUAGAGGCCCUCGAAUGUUACCCGUCCGGUCCGUGGAAAACCAUCGCUGCACACAUUGGAACUCGAACCACGCGCCAGACCAUGACUCAUGCUCAGAAAUAUCGCGAAAAGAUCGCGCGAAGGCGGAAAGCGGAAGCCACGGCUAGCCCCACAAAAAUGACCGAGACUGAAGUCCUUGUCACAAGCGACCAUCCACGCCCUGUAAAUCAAAGGCAGCAAAUGUACAACCCGUCCAUGACCCCGCCGUCCCAUUUUCCCGAUGCAAACCAGGUCCUAAAGCACGAUGGAGAAUUCAUGGACAGCCACGGCGAGUUCGUCACGCAAGAAAAUGAGCUGGAGCUCGAUGAUAGCGUUAUCGCGCUAUUGGAGACAUUUGUGCCGCUCGAAAUGAUGUCCAAUCUGGAGCCGUGA